UACAUUUUAAAAAUAAUGGUAUUACGAAAUAACACGUUUGAAACUAAUCUUAUUAAAAAAAGAAACGAGUCGAACAAAAUGCCAGGACAAUUCGAAGAAAUUCAAGCAAAACGCGCAACAUUUGGAAUGGGAUGUUUCUGGGCUGGUGAUUGUUUAUUUGGUGUUUUACCUGGUGUAAUUAGAACUUGUGUUGGAUAUGCAGGUGGACAAAAGGAAUCACCAACUUAUAAAAAUAUGGGUGAUCAUACGGAAGUCGUUGAUAUUGAGUAUAAUCCAAAUAUUGUAUCAUAUUCACAAUUACUUGCUUUAUUUUGGCAGAAUCAUGAAUAUGGUCUUACUACAAAAAUCAAGAGACAGUACAUGUCAUUAAUUUUGUAUCAUGACGAAGAACAAAAAUUAUUAGCUGAAAAAUCACGUGAACAAGAGCAAUACAAACAUACAGAUUUGAUUCUUACUGAAAUUAGAAAAUUCGAAAAGUUUUAUCUAGCAGAAGAUUAUCAUCAGAAAUAUCGACUUCGAAAACAUCCAUGGUUAAUAGAAAAUACCGGUCUCACUAGUGAUGAGCUUCUUCGAAAUUCACCUUUAGCUGCUAAAUUAAAUGGCUACAUCGCUGGUGCUGGAACGCUCGAACAAUUUAAAAAAGACUUACCUAAUCUUGGUUUAAGUGAGAAAGCUGCGAAGUAUUUAGAAAAAUAUGUGAUUGAAAAUCAAGGAAAUGGUUUAUACUGCUAGCUAUAAUGAAUAUUUAACAAUUUUUCAUAUAUUUAACACACUAGUACACACUGAACAUGAUAUAUUUUUUCGUAAAAACAAAUUUUAAAAUCUGGAAAAAACUUUUUUUAUGUGGUUCUAGUUUUCCGUAAACUGUAUUGAAAUCUCUCGCAAAUAAGUCUUGAGCUCGAUUUUAAAAACUUAGAUUUUGCUCGAUAAAUAUCUUUUGUUAGUAUUAAUUUUCUUAAUUUCUAUAAUUUUUACCAUAGUGAGUAAGUUUUAUUAACAGGAUAUUCAUUAUAUUGUAUUUCAUGCAUAAUAUGAUGAUGACAUGAUAUAUUUGUUUGUUUGCUCUGCACGUUUGGAAUAUGUUAUUUUUAAACAAAAAUUAAAAAAGAAAUUUACAGUAAAAUAGGCUGUGAAAAGUAUAUAUAGAUAAUAUUGUUUGCAAUCAUUUGUUUUUUGAUUACUUCGCACAUUCUAUGUUUUAUAAGUUUAUUAUUUUUUAUUUCAAAAAGAAGCAAGUAUGAAGCAUAUAAUUGAAGUAUGUUUUUUAAAUUGUUUGAGUUUAAUUUUUCGCAUAAUUAUUACUUUAUAUGAUAAAUAUCAUUUGUUAAUUACAAAUAAUAAUAUAAUUAUGUAAUAUUUAUUAUAAAUAAUCUUAUAACCACAAGUAUUAGAAAAUGUAUAUAAUUUUAAGACAACUGCGUUAUCAAAUACGCACGCUCAUAUACUUACAUGUGGUCGUAUGAAAUAUAUGUAUACAUAUGUAUAACAGUG